GCGUUUCGGUCCUGGUCUUUAACAGCUGGCAGGGAUUCUUCUGAGCUUCAGAAAGGCCGAGCUGAUUCAGGUUGUCGUCCUGGGUGAAAUUACUUGAUUUGAUUAUUGAUUUGACAGAAGCCUGGAUGUUUCAUUUCUUUAAAUCUAGCAUUAAAAGGUAUCUGUAGCUCAGCAGAAAGCAGUAAGUCCUCAAAGCCCAACAUGUAAAGUUUAGGUUUAUUCUCAGUUGGCUCGAACAAAACCAAAACUUUUAAUGGCAAACCUCCAAACAUAAAGUUGUUUGUAGAUGACACCUUUCUUUACCGUGUGUGUGUGUGUGUGUGUGUGUGUGUGUGUGUGUGUGUGAGUGUGUGAGUGUGUGUGUGAGUGAGUGAGUGAGUGUGUGAGAUUUUUUUGUCGAUUUUCCUCAGCUUUAAGCAGAAGCUGUGCUCACAUUUCCUUUAUUUUGAGUUCAAAAAAGCUGGAUGCGAGUUAACCGGAUCAGUUUAUCCGGCUAACAUCAUAACGCUGGAUUAGUUGAACCACGUUGGAAGAACAGAACUCGGUGUUGCAUCUGACCGGGGCUGUUGUUGUCCGUUGAGAACUCGUAUCUUUUAGUCUUGGCUUCGUCCUGUGUGUGUUUAAGCUGCUCAGCGGGAGUCUCUCUCUGGUUUCAUAAGUUUGCAGAGUUUGUGUCAACACGGAGAACAAUGAACCUUCUCAGAACACAAACUGAAACAUGAAAAUCAGCAGUAUGAUGGAGGAUGAAAACAGAAACUUUCCUUUUGUGGUGGUGAAAUGAUAUGUUUGGGCCCCACGUAGUCUGAUGUAGAACAGUUGGUGACUCGACUCACACCGAUGUUGCAGGAACUCAGACUGCUGGCUCUCUGCUUCAUCACUCUGCAGGACCUCCUCCGCCAACACACCUGUUAAUAAUCAGGAGUUAACGAGGCUCAUUAACGAGUCUAACAUCUGGCCUUUUAUAACACUUGCCAGUUCAACUGUCUCGUACCCAGAGGAAAUCCAGAUGCGAUUUUAAUACACUUUUAGUCACACUCAGUCACAUGCCUCUCUGUUAGUGAGAUCACAAAUGUGUUUACAGCGCGUCUUUGUUUUCUGGGUUACAUUUAAAUCAGUCACGCCUCCUCCGGUCCAGAAGAAGGUGGUGAUGCACAUGAAGCUGUUAGAUCACUGACAAAAACACCAGAAGAAGAAGAACUUCUGCAUUUCAACAGUUUAGUUACAACAAUAAGAUUUCACCGAACAUUUAACUUAACACAAACGCAUAUAUUAAUUUCUAUGACUGAAACGUAUCAUAGUCAGUAGUCAAGUUCACCACAAUCUUUUUCCUAAACCUAACUAUGUGGUUUUGUUGCCUGAACCUGACUUCCUGUGAAGACGGGAGUUUAUUUUGAAAAGACACAAUUAUGCAUUUAACGUGUGGGAACUGACGCUAGAGGGGGACCUAGAGCGUCAGUCUGAAGCUCAGGGCCACCAACGGAGCGUCGGUAUUUCACGAGUUUUCGGGUGAGAAAGUGUCUUUCAGGUGUCAAACAAGACACAUGAAGUUGGCUUGGGUCUUCAUCGACAUAUAAACUGCACAAACACUGCGCUCUUAUACGUUCACAGUGAUGACUUUAUACUCACCACAUCCGCACUCAGACACUCCCCAAUGUUGCAUAUACGACCUACGCACUGAGGUGUUCCUUAAAGGAGCUAGCGGAGCCGGCGGGCUUACAAUAGGCUGGCGGGAACCCUGUCUUUAAUUAGGCCAAUAUUCUAAUUUCAACAAGGUGGACCUUAAAAGAUGUAUGAUGAGUUAUUAUUGUUGCUCACAUGCUUUAGUGAUGUGUGUGUUAGUUACUGUAACUCUAUUACUCUCUCCGCCUGCUGUUUUUAUCCUGAUGGCUGACUGCUUCUGUAGUGUCCCACUACACUAAAUAAUUCACACGGUGUUAACUAUGCAGGAGAGUGCUGAUGGUGUGUGUGUGUGUGUGUGUGUGUGUGUGUGUGUGCGUGCUUUUAAAGGUAUGGGGGUGGAGCUUGUGUUUCUUAAUGGCUGCUGAGAAGUUAUCAAUAGUGUUAAAAUACUUCACUAAACCAUAAAGUGCUUCGUCCAGAGUUGACAUAAUAAACAUAAUUUAUGUGAAAAUAAAAUGCCACUUAAUUUUUUAAUUAAGAGUAUGGAAGUGUUUAAGCUAUGUCACUGCACACAAAAAUGAAUUGUGUAGCUACAUUUAAGACUCAAUCUAAAAAAUAAACAUACCAAAGAUAGAUAUGAGAAAUUAUUAUUAAUAUGCAAUUUAACAUGAAUAUAUAACUAAUGGCAGUGUCCACUUUAUUAGGGAUACUUGUACAAUCGAAUGCAAUCCAAUACAACUUCUCUACCAUAAAGCCUUUUAUUAUUCCUAUAAUGUUCAGGUUUUGUUGACUUCCUUUGAGGUAUUAAUAAAUGAAAUCGUAUGUUUUAUCAUUUAAGUCCUAGUUUCUUUAGAAACAGCUCUCAAUAGAGCGCUGCAGGGAUAACGCAUUUUUAGAGGCCAACCCGGAAGUUAGCCCCACACUGGCUCCCUCAACUAAACACCCAAAGGAUGUGAUGUGUUUUCUAAACGUAGUCUGAAUGUCCGGUUUGUGCCUUUCUUCUCCUCCUCGUCCCGUUUAAAGCCUCUUCCUCUUGGUGCUGAGUUCAGCAGACUGGAGGAUGUGUGGGGUGAUGACAUUGAAUUAGUGCUGUAUUUGAUACAGGCUGAGUGUGCGUGUAUGUGUCCUUCCUUCCUUUUGAUUACAUGUAGUGUCUUUGUUUCUGCUGUUGGAGCUGAAUACCAGAUUACCAAACUUGUAUUUUAGCAGUAUUUAGUUCAAAUAGUUGUACCAGAUGCCGCAGUGAAGGAGUUUGCAUACCUAAAAUCAGGACUUUUAUUAGCAGUAGUUGAAGUGGUAUCAGUAGGUAUUGUUGGUAGUAGUAAAAGGAGAAUCUGAAGUAGUUUCAUUAGUAUUUGUAGUAAUGACAUUAGUACCUGUAGUAUAUUGUUUGUCGUAACACUUUGGUGUCUUUGGAGGAAUACAGAAUAAUCUUUAUAAACUCUGUUUUGUGUAGAAAAUAGUCAAAUCUACAAAAAAUGAUUUGUUUAAUUAGCGAUGAAAUGUCAAACUUGAUCUGCUUCCAGCUCCUCCAACGUGAGGAUGAGCUGCGUUUCUUUUUCCAUCACUGUGAUCGGAGUUUCCUUGCAGCUCUGACACUGAAGUGAUCGGAGUGUGUUUUAUUCAAACCUUCAGCAGCAACGUCUUAAAACUGUGUGUGUGUGUGUGUGUGUGUGUGUGUGUGUGUGUGGCCUCCAUAUGAUAUCCUUGGAAACACAAAACCGCCGUCACCAUGGAAAUGCAGGCAUAUCUACUUACAGUAAAGGCAGAGACAGGAGUGUGUGUUUGUUCAGUGUGGGUGGGUUUGUAAGUCUAUGCGUGUGUGUGUGUUUGGUAUAUUGACUUUAUGACAAAUAGAACUGCCGUAGCUCAUACAGUAGAUGCUUUUAAUAUGUUGUCUGUAUGUUCAUUUCUCCCGUGUUCUAUUUAUGUAAAGUUAGAUUCCUUUAGUCUUAAUUCCACUCAGGAUCUCACUUAAACACGCCUACAAACGUCGCAAUAACUAAUUUUAUGCCACAGACGUAAUGAUAAUAUAAUAAUGCAAGUGCAGCCUUUCAAAGAGCAAUUCACUUUUAGUUCUUAAAGAUAUUCAGACAUUUGAAUGAAACAUUGACAGAAAACACAUUUAUCUUUAAGUGAAACUAAUUAAAUGUGUGUCGACCUGUCGGGACCUUGGCGGUGGCCCUGAAGUAUUUCUGGUAGCUCAGAAUACCUUCUGUUGAAGGAGAGGAGACGCUUGUCUCUCAGGAGGACUAUCGAACCUCAAUACAUGCUCGACACCGACCGAGCUUUUUGUUUUUUUUGUAGAAAGUAGAGCUGCAACUACCGAUAACUACAGAUCGUACAUAUGUAUAAGUAAGCAUGCUCUGGAAGUUUGCAUGCAGAGAUUAGAGAGCCGGCUGUUAGAGGUGUAGUUCAGCGUUUUGAGAAAAAUGCUUAUUUGCUGUUUUUCUGAGAUCGAUAUCGCUCUCAUGCUCAGAAAUAGUUCCAGUUCAUGUAACUUUAACUAAAAACACAAACUGCCAUUUUUACAUUUCUGGUAAUAUUCUUGUACAAUAUAUACACUACAGAGUCCAGCUGUUGUAGUCUCUGUAGUUGAGAAGACAAAACACGUCAUCUUAUUCUGUGGGAACUUGUAAUGGACAUUUCCAUUACAAGACUAAAUUGAUUGCCGUUUAGAAUUAAUCAAUAUUGAAUAUCAAUAUAAUAUAACAAUAUUUACCCUUUGCAAGUAAUUUCCAUAGAAAAAAACACUUUGGAAGUAAAAUCUGAACCAAAGCUCUGAGUUAAAGGCAGUUUAUUGGCUCAAUUUUUAGUUGGUAGGACGUAAAUGGAACGUUAACACAUACGUGAUACUGGUGAGUGUUUAUAAAUGGAGUGUAUUGAUCUGCUGAAGCAGAGGACUCAUUCAGCCGCUCAAUAAUUAGAACCAGGAACAGUCCAGGAUCCCCACAGAGAGCAACACACACACACACACACACACACACACACACACACACACACACACACACACACACACAGGAGUGUAUGUGUCCCACUUCCUGUUCAGAGGACCAGAUGGUGGAAUGCUGGGAAUGUUGGUGUUUGUUGGUGAAUGUGUGUAAAAAAUAUCAGUGAAAGUAAAGGAGCUCAAAACUUCUGUAUCUUCUCUUCGUACGGGAAUAUUAAUUACAUCAUGAGCCGCUACAUUACACAAAAUGAACCACGAAAAAAGAAAGAAACAAUAUAUAGAUGAACUCUAACAUAAAUAGUAACUACUGAGUGUAAUGAGACAGAAGUAUUCACAGCUACAGGAGGCAAAGUACAAGUUUCAGAUCAGAUGCAUUUAAACAAAAAACGCUGCUCAUCACCAGACUCGCCGCCAACAUGGCCGCCGUUGGCCCUGUUGUUGUUUGCUGGUGCUCUGACCUCACAGGAAUGUCUUUGUGUGGUCAGGAGGGUGAGGCGGCGUGCCGGUGCAAAAUUCCCCACUGCAGCGACACAAGUUUGAACCCUGAAUGCACCAGCAGCAGCAACUCUGUAGCGUCUCAUCACCGAAUGACUUAAAGUAGGAGUUAUGUAUUUUAGCAGCAGCAUUGUUUAAGGAAGCGCUUGGUUCCCCGGGGCGUCCUCUGUGAGCAUUGCGGUCUGACUCUGCUCCUGCUGGAUGAAUGGUCCGUUUGGUUCGUUGGCGGGGGCCGCCCUCAGGGGCCGAGCCACGAGGAAGCCAGAUGACGGGAGGAAACGCGGCAUGCAGGCGGAGGACACAACGUGUUGUCAUGUACAGAUUACCAACAGAACAUAAAGAACGGCUCUGACUGUUUCAGCUGCAGAAAUAUUUGGUCCAUCUGUUGUCCGUUUGCCACGACCUCUGACCCUUGACUUCUGCACUGAUGUCUGUUUGUAAUGCCGGUGAUCUGAGAGCUGAAGCUGGUUCUACUUUUCAUGUUUAACAGACCAGGAUGCCGUUUACAUGUCCGUUGGUAACCUCGGCCUGACCCGAAGUUCCCUCUAGUGCUGCUGUUUAUAUAAGAUUGAAUCAGUCUUAAGAUAUUUUGUUGAGCAGGAAACGUCCACAAAAAAACAAAAGUAAAGAAACACACAAAUGAACCUUUUCAGAAAAUAUAAGUGAAACAUGUGGGCACACAAUUUAAAAAGAACAAGCUUCACAUAAAAAUAUAAAUAACAUAAUUGCCACCUUAUAAAAUAAAUAUUUCAGAUAUGAAACUCAAGGUUCACUUACUCGCUUAUUCUGUAACUUUCAACCAUGUCCCACGGCCUUCUUCCUCAAAAGGAACUCGCUCAGGUGUGAUGGCCGACGUAGACGACCAAAGAACAUGAAUGAAGUUAUGUACUGAGGUCAUGUGAUGACACCCGAGCAACGUUUAUUUACCAAAGAAGCCGGGGGAUGUGGUUGAAAGCCGGUAAAAAGCUAGUAAGUGGACAUUGAGGUCAUGAUUUAUUUGUCAUAACUCAAAGUUAACCAGCAUCUCCUCAAAUGUUCAGCUUUUUAAAAGUGAGAUCAGAGUUUCUUCUCUUUACUGUUUCUGACCCGUUGAAUGUUGUUACAAGAACUAGAAUAAAAUAGUAAACGUAUCAAAAACCGUUCAAUCAAAGAAUGUCAGAAUGAGUCUGACCAAACAUUUGCUGCCAACUUUCAGCACUAAAACACACACAGAGGUUUGAUGCUCAGUCUUAAAAGUGAGUCGCUUCAUUAAAGCGAGUGAGAGGAAGCGUUUCUGCUGGUUGACUGUGUGACCUUUGCUCUAGUUUUGUCCGUGAAUGAUCGACUUCAGUGAGUAAAAGUGAAGUAAACUCUGGUUGGAGUUGGCGGUUUUUUUUUUUUUUGUUUUUUUUGUUUUUUGAAUCAGCAGGUCAAAGGUCUGUGAGUCACAGUGAAGACCGUUGACUUUUAUUCGGUGAACAAAAGCUUCACUGUCUCAUCUCGAAAAACCUUUAAGCUCCUCACCACCGCUACCUGCUUGAAAUGUUUGUAAAUGUGUCACGCUCGUGAAAGCGUGACUAAGAUAUAAGAAACAAGUCUUCUGUCUCGUCACUGGACGAAGACGAUUCUGAAUCAUUCAAAGAUUCUUUGCAGGAAAUCAUCUGCAUGUGUUUCAUUUCCUCAAGAAUUUUCUUGUUUCUUUUCUGUCCUCUGCAGUUAUUUCAGGGUCACAUGAUUAUUUGUUCCAUGUAUUGUCUUUGUGUCGUGACCUCUGAACUCUCCCCCCCUUGCUUGUUGCUUGUGCGUCCCGUCGGUUCACACAGGAAGUGGAGCUGAUUCUUCUCUGCUCAGGUUUCUCCGUAAUGCCCUCACUCUUCCUGAGACUCCUCCUUCAUCCCAAACCUGCAGUGUUUUUCCUGCAGGUUGAAGCUGCAGGUGUGUGUGUGGAUGGACGGACGGACGGACGGACGGCAGGAUCAAACAGGAAGUGCUUGCGGGGCUCAGACAGGAACAACAUGGCUCUAAUAUUAGAGCUCAGGAUGUUUGGAUGUCUGUGUGUUUGAGCGAUGCACACACACACACACACACACACACACACACUUCUUCCUGUUCCUUGGUACAACUCAUCCUCUCUGCACACACAGUUUUACUUAUUGACUUUAUUGGCCUAAUGAAGCAGUAUUACCACAGUGAAUUGAAGAAUUUUCACGUGUGUGUGUGUGUGUGUGUUUUCAUGGUUUCUCUGUGAAUUGUCUCUCAGUCUGUUUUCCACCCAAGAAGCUACAUUUCUCUCACUCGGGCAUCUCGAAGAUAUUCACAUACAAGACGACAGGAGUUGUUUGACGGGCCUGUAGAUAACUUCGGCACACUGACAUCACACGCAGUUAUGUUUUUAGCGUGUGUAUGUACAGUAAAAUAAAAUAUGCAGGUUUAUGUGUAGGUUUCUAAAAACAGCUUUAAUGGUAAAUUAAACCUGAUCCUCAUUGUAUUGAUGCCUUAUUUAUUUGGGUUUUUGUAGUUUUGCGGCGGUUUCCAGUCACGUUGAAGCAAUUAUUUAAGAAAUAUGAUUUUUCAGAUUUGAGACUUUCACAAACCCAGAAGUUGAACAACAUACUUUGUAUUAAAGCUGUAUUUGAUCCCUGUACAUUUAUGGUAAUAUAAGUUAGCUUUCUCUUGCUUUAAAGUAAAAGAACAGAACAGAUGAACAGAACUGCUUUUUAACAGGAAUAUUACUUUUCUGUCUAAUUUAAUCUUGAGUAUGAACAGAAACUCUCUCUCUCUCUCGUUCUUUCUGUUUGUCUUUCUCUCUCGCCCUCCUCCCACUUUGCCCCUUAUGCUAACUAGUCGAUUACAUCACUGCCAAAAGCGAGGGCUGCGAUUGGCCGCUGGGAGGAGUUGGUGGCCCCUCCCCCCUCGACUCUCCCUCUGUCUCAAAGGUGUUUUCAGUGUCUGAGAGCCGCCGCUGCUGCUACUGCUGCUGCACGCAGGAGGACAAACCCACGCUUUCAUUCUCCACCUCCCUCCAUCUCUCCCCUCUGCUUCCUCUCACUGCAGCGCUGUCUGCUCCACCUCCUCAUUGUGCUGGGUCUUCAGACGGAGCGCGUGUGUGUGUUUGACUGAACGGAGGAUGGGUGGAUUCCUGAAAGAAGGGAAGGUGUGAUAUCUGAAGACAGUGACAGAUGGAUGGAUGGGGAGAAAACAGAAGCAUGGUGCUGCCACCGCGGUGCGUCUGCUGAGCCAGCGAUCUCUGCUGCCACACUGGUGAAACAUUGAAAGAGAGAGAGAGAGAGAGAGGGGGACUCUGCAGUUGGUCUCCUAUGUCGCUUGCCCUCCAUCGCUCAGUCCUGCUGUCUUGGAAGCGUUUAGGGAGAGAAGGAUAGGAAGUCUUCCUGUCUCUGUUGAGACUACAGCCAAAUCUGGAAUUAUUUUUGACAAUAUUACAAGCUGUUGUGUGGCUGAAGCUCAGGUCUGAACUAUUUGAGAUUACUUUAUUCACUUACAAGCUCAUUUAUUCAAGUGGAAACUUGUUGUGCACUCUUUAAACCGGACUCAACUCAACUGAAGCUUUACACUGCUGUAGAGUUUAUUGUCCCGGACACAACCUAAUCUUGUUGAAACUCAAGCUCUUCACACUGCGAAAAAGCUCAAACUCUUGAUUUCCUCACUUGAAGACAACUCGGUUCAUCUGGAAACUCUUUCAACCACUUUGGAAACUCUGAUUUUUCUCUGAGUUUCUCCUCGAUGCCUUUGUGGACUCGUUUCUUUUAAAUCUUCCACUGUUCGCUCUGGAGUUUCCUCAUGGAGCUUCAGAGCACCACCAGCGGUCUCCCCGGCCCCCUCUCCCCGACUCUGGACUACGGCGGCCCGUUGUCGGGUGGCCCCGGCCCAUCUCAUGACACCAGCCCGGGCCGGGGGACGAGCCCCAGCCUCAGCCCCGUCAGGGGGCCCAGCCCCGGGUUCACCGGCCAGGCUGCCUUCAACUACAACCAGCUGGAGGGGAGGUUUAAACAGCUUCAAGAUGAGCGUGAGGCGGUGCAGAAGAAGACCUUCGUUAAGUGGGUGAACUCUCACCUGUCCAGAGUCUCCUGUCGGAUCACCGACCUCUACAUGGACCUGAGGGACGGUCGCAUGCUCAUCAAACUGCUGGAGGUCCUGUCGGGAGAGAAACUGCCCAAACCCACCAAGGGUCGGAUGAGGAUCCACUGUCUGGAGAACGUGGACAAGGCUCUGCAGUUCCUGAAGGAGCAGAGGGUCCACCUGGAGAACAUGGGCUCCCACGACAUCGUAGACGGAAACCACCGCCUCACCCUGGGGCUCAUCUGGACCAUCAUCCUCCGCUUCCAGAUCCAGGACAUCAGUGUGGAGACGGAGGACAACAAGGAGAAGAAGUCGGCUAAAGACGCUCUGCUGCUCUGGUGUCAGAUGAAGACGGCAGGAUAUCCAAACGUCAACAUCCACAACUUCAGCACCAGCUGGAGAGACGGGAUGGCCUUCAACGCUAUCAUCCACAAACACAGACCGGACCUGAUCGACUUUGAUAAGCUGAAGAAAUCAAAUGCUCACCACAACUUGCAGAAUGCCUUCAACCUGGCCGAGCAAGACCUGGGCCUCACCAAGCUGCUGGAUGCCGAGGACAUCAGUGUGGACCACCCUGAUGAGAAGUCCAUCAUCACCUACGUGGUGACCUACUACCACUACUUCUCCAAGAUGAAGGCGCUGAAGGUGGAGGGGAAGAGAAUCGGCAAGGUUCUGGACAACGCCAUCGAGACGGAGAAGAUGGUCGAGAAGUACGAGUCUCUGGCGUCGGACCUGCUGGAGUGGAUCGAACAGACCAUCAUCAUCCUCAACAACAGGAAGUUUGCCAACUCUCUGGUGGGAGUCCAGCAGCAGCUGCAGGCCUUCAACACUUACCGCACUGUGGAGAAACCACCAAAGUUCACAGAGAAGGGAAACCUGGAGGUUCUUCUGUUCACCAUCCAGAGUAAGAUGAGAGCCAACAACCAGAAGGUUUACACUCCUCGAGAGGGCAAACUCAUCUCCGACAUCAACAAGGCGUGGGAGCGUCUGGAGAAGGCGGAGCACGAGCGGGAGCUGGCUCUGAGGACGGAGCUGAUUCGUCAGGAGAAGCUGGAGCAGCUCGCCCGACGCUUCGACCGCAAAGCCGCCAUGAGGGAGACGUGGCUGAGCGAGAACCAGCGGCUGGUCUCCCAGGAUAACUUUGGAUUUGACCUCCAGGCCGUAGAAGCUGCUACUAAGAAACAUGAAGCCAUAGAAACGGACAUUGCGGCCUACGAGGAGCGAGUUGAGGCGGUGGUCUCCGUGGCGAGGGAGAUGGAGUCGGAGAAUUACCACGACAUCAAACGCAUCACGGCCAGGAAGGACAACGUGAUCCGGCUGUGGGAGUACCUGCUGGAGCUGCUGAAGGCCCGCAGGCAGAGACUGGAGCUGACCCUGGGCCUGCAGAGAGUCUUCCAGGAGAUGCUCUACAUCAUGGACUGGAUGGACGAGAUGAAGAUGAUGCUGCUCUCUCAGGAUUAUGGGAAACACCUGCUGGGUGUGGAGGACCUGCUGCAGAAACACGCUCUGGUGGAGGCCGACAUCAGCAUCCAGGCCGACCGCGUCCGAACCGUCAACCGCAACGCUCAGAAGUUUGCCGAUGACAUGGAGGGUUAUAAGCCCUGUGAUCCUCAGAUCAUCAGGGAUCGGGUCGCUCACAUGGAUUUCUGCUACCAGGAGCUGAGUCAGCUGGCGGCUGAGCGGCGAGCUCGCCUCGAGGAGUCCCGCCGCCUCUGGAAGUUCUUCUGGGAAAUGGCCGAAGAGGAGGGCUGGAUCAGGGAGAAGGAGCAGAUCUUGUCCUCCGAGGAUUAUGGGAAAGAUCUGACAGGAGCGGUGCGAUUGCUGAGUCAGCACAAAGCCUUCGAGGACGAGAUGAGCGGGCGAGCCGCCCACCUGCAGCAGACCAUCAAACAGGGCGAGGAGCUGGUGGCCAACGACCACUUUGGAGCCGACAAGAUCAAAGAGCGCAUCCAGGACAUCCAGGAGCAGUGGGCGGCUCUGGAGCGUCUCUCUGCCGUCCGUAAAGCUCGUCUGCAGGAAGCCUGCAACCAGCACCAGUUCCAGGCCGAUGCCGACGACAUCGACACGUGGAUGCUGGACGUGCUGCGGAUCGUCUCCAGCGUGGACGUCGGCCACGACGAGUUCUCCACUCAGGCUCUGGUGAAGAAACACAAGGACGUGGCCGAGGAGAUCGGCAGCUACCGGCCCGCCAUCGAGGCUCUGCAUGAACAGUCGCGCACGCUCCCGCCCGAGAAGGCCAACUCUGAGGAGGUUCAGAGCCGGCUGGCGGGCAUCGAGGAGCGUUAUAAGGAGGUGGUGGAGCUGACGCGGCUCCGGACGCAGGCGCUGCAGGACGCUCUGGUUCUCUACAAGAUGCUGAGUGAAGCGAACGCCUGCGAGGUGUGGAUCGACGAGAAGGAGCAGUGGCUCAACAGCAUGGACAUCCCCGAGAAACUGGAGGAUCUGGAGGUUGUCCAGCACCGGUUCGAGAGUCUGGAGCCGGAGAUGAACAACCAGGCGUCCCGAGUUGCCGUGGUGAACCAGGUCGCUAGGCAACUGAUCCACUGCGGACAUCCUAGUGAGACGGAGAUCAAGAGCCAGCAGGACAAACUCAACACCAGGUGGAGUCAGUUCAGAGAUCUGGUGGACCAGAAGAAAGACAGUCUGAGCUCAGCUCUGGGAGUCCAGAACUACCACCUGGAGUGUAACGAGACCAAGUCCUGGAUCAAAGAGAAGACCAAGGUGAUCGAGUCGACCCAGGAGCUUGGGAACGACCUGGCCGGCGUCAUGGCUCUGCAGAGGAAGCUGACGGGGAUGGAGCGCGACCUGGCCGCCAUCGAAGACAAGCUGGGCGACCUGGGGAAAGAGGCGGACCGCUUGGCCUCUGAGCACCCGGAGCAGUCCGAGGCCAUCAAGGGACGUCUGGACGGGAUCACCGGCGUCUGGGACGAGAUGAAGGACACCAUGAAGAACCGGGAGGAGUCCCUGGGCGAGGCCAGCAAGCUGCAGAAGUUCCUGCGCGACCUGGACGACUUCCAGUCGUGGCUGUCGCGGACGCAGACGGCCAUCGCCUCCGAGGACAUGCCCAACACGCUGGUCGAGGCCGAGAAGCUGCUGACCCAGCACGAAAACAUCAAGAAUGAAAUCCGCAACUACGAGGAGGACUACCAGAAGAUGCGGGACAUGGGCGAGAUGGUGACGCAGGGCCAGACGGACGCGCAGUACAUGUUCCUGCGGCAGCGGCUGCAGGCGCUCGACACCGGCUGGAACGAGCUGCACAAGAUGUGGGAGAACCGGCAGAACCUGCUGUCCCAGUCCCACGCUUACCAGCUGUUCCUCAGGGACACCAAGCAGGCCGAGGCCUUCCUCAACAACCAGGAGUACGUGCUGGCUCACACCGAGAUGCCCACCACUCUGGAGGGGGCCGAGGCCGCCAUCAAGAAGCAGGAGGACUUCAUGACCACCCUGGACGCCAACGACGAGAAGAUCAGCGGCGUGGUCGACACCGGACGCCGCUUGGUAACUGACGGCAACAUCAACGCGGAGCGCACCCAGGAGAAGGUGGACUCCAUCGACCAGAGACACAAGAAGAACCGAGCGGCUGCCAGCGACCUGCUGUCGCGGCUGAAGGACAACAGAGACCUGCAGAAGUUCCUGCAGGACUGCCAGGAGCUGUCCCUGUGGAUCAAUGAGAAGAUGCUGACGGCUCAGGACAUGUCGUACGAUGAGGCCAGGAACCUCCACAGCAAGUGGCUCAAACACCAGGCCUUCAUGGCCGAGCUGCAGUCCAACAAGGAGUGGCUGGACAAGAUCGACAAGGACGGGCAGGCGCUGAUGGCAGAGAAGCCGGAGACGGAGGCCAUGGUGAAAGAGAAGCUGGCGUCCCUGAAGACUAUGUGGGAGGACCUCGAGUCGACCACCCAGACGAAAGCCAAGUGUCUGUUUGACGCCAACAAGGCGGAGCUGUUCACCCAGAGCUGCGCCAACCUCGACAAGUGGCUAGGCGGCCUGGACGGGCAGCUGCAGUCUGACGACUACGGCAAGGACCUCACCUCCGUCAACAUCCUGCUGAAGAAACAGCAGAUCCUGGAGAGCCAGGUGGAGGUGCGUCAGAAGGAGGUGGGGGAGCUGCAGAGCCAGUCGCAGGCCCUCAGUCAGGAGGGGAAAGGCUCCGAGGAGGUGGACGGCCAGAGGAUCAGCGUGGAGAAGAAGUUCCAGUGCCUCCAGGACCCACUGAAGAAGAGACGAGACAUUCUCAUGGCCUCCCGCGAGAUCCACCAGUUCAACCGGGACGUGGAGGACGAGAUCCUGUGGGUUGAGGAGAGGAUGCCUCUGGCCACAUCGACCGACCACGGAAACAACCUGCAGACUGUACAGCUGCUCAUCAAGAAGAACCAGACCCUGCAGAAGGAGAUCCAGGGCCAUCAGCCGCGCUACGACGACAUCUUCGAGCGCAGCCAGCACGUCCUGAGGGAGAACAGCCCGACGGCCGAGCUGAUUCGCCAGCGCCUCGCCGAGCUGCAGUCGCUGUGGGAGCAGAUCAGGAAGGAGACGGAGAAGCGUCACACCCGCCUCAGCGAGGCCCACGAGGCCCAGCAGUACUACUUUGACGCCGCCGAGGCCGAGGCCUGGAUGAGCGAACAGGAGCUCUACAUGAUGUCAGAGGAAAAGGCCAAGGAUGAGCAGAGUUCGGUGGCCAUGCUGAAGAAGCACCAGAUCCUGGAGCAGGCGGUGGAGGAUUACGCCGACACCGUCCACCAGCUGUCCGGCACCAGCCGGGGCCUGGUGGCCGCCGAGCACCCCGACAGCGAGCGAAUCGGCAUGCGUCAGUCUCAGGUGGACAAGCUGUACGCCGGGCUGAAGGACUUGUCGGAGGAGCGUCGGGGGAAGCUGGACGAGCGCCUGCGGCUCUUCCAGCUGAACCGGGAGGUGGACGACCUGGAGCAGUGGAUCGCUGAGAGGGAGGUGGUGGCCGGAUCCCACGAGCUGGGACAGGACUACGAGCACGUCACCAUGCUGCAGGAGCGUUUCAGAGAAUUUGCCCGCGACACCGGGAACAUCGGCCAGGAGCGCGUGGACACCGUGAACCGGCAGGCGGACGAGCUGAUCAACACCGGCCACGGCGACGCUGCCACCAUCGCGGAGUGGAAGGACGGCCUGAACGAGGCCUGGGCCGACCUGCUGGAGCUCAUCGACACCCGGACGCAGAUCCUCGCCGCCUCCUUCGAACUCCACAAGUUCUACCACGACGCCAAGGAGAUCCUCAACCGCAUCCUGGACAAACACAAGAAGCUGCCGGAGGAGCUGGGCCGCGACCAGAACACAGUGGAGACCCUGCAGAGGAUGCACACCACCUUCGAACACGACAUCCAGGCACUGGGAACACAGGUGCGGCAGCUUCAGGAGGACGCCGUUCGUCUGCAGUCCGCUUACGCUGGAGAUAAAGCCGACGACAUUCAGAAGAGAGAAGGAGAGGUCCUUGAGGCCUGGAAGAACCUUCUGGAGGCGGCGGAGGGCCGUCGGGUGAAGCUGGUGGAAACUGGAGACAAGUUCCGCUUCGUCAGCAUGGUGCGCGACCUGAUGCUGUGGAUGGAGGACGUCAUCCGCCUGAUUGAGGCCCAGGAAAGGCCCAGGGACGUGUCGUCGGUGGAGCUGCUGAUGAACAACCACCAGGGCAUCAAGGCGGAGAUCGACGCCCGCAACGACAGCUUCACAGCCUGCAUCGAGCUGGGCAAAGCCCUGCUGGCCAGGAAGCACUACGCUUCAGAGGAGAUUAAAGAAAAGUUGUUACAGUUGACGGACAAGAGGAAAGACAUGAUAGACAAGUGGGAGGACAGAUGGGAGUGGCUGAGACUGGUCCUGGAGGUGCACCAGUUCUCCCGGGACGCAGGUGUGGCCGAGGCGUGGCUGCAGGGUCAGGAUCCCUACCUGUGCAGCAGGGAGAUCGGACAGAGCGUGGACGAGGUGGAGAAACUCAUCAAACGCCACGAGGCCUUCGAGAAGUCGGCCGCCACCUGGGAGGAACGCUUCUCCGCUCUGGAGAGGCUGACCACGAUGGAGUUAUUGGAAGUGCGAAGAAUGCAAGAGGAAGAAGAGAAGAGAAGACAUCCCCCGCCCACUGAGGCUCAGCCCGGCGACGCUGCAGCUCAGCACAGGGAGGGUGAGCCGGUGUCUCAGAACGGGCUGCCGUCUGAUCAGGAGUCUCCCAGGGACGUGGAGGGUGGAGAUGUGGUGAAUGGGGUGUCGGAGCCCAGCCCCGCGGGGUCUCCCGGGGGGUCUCGCAAGGGCAAGGCCAGCCAGGCGGCGACCCUGCCGGCCAAGUCCCAGCAAGACGCUCCCACGUCCCAGCUGGAGAGCUUCCUGCACCGCAAACAUGAGUGGGAGGGACACAACAAGAAGGCCUCUAGCAGGUCGUGGCACAACGUGUACUGUGUGAUCAAUCAGCAGGAGAUGGGCUUCUACAAGGAUCAGAAGAGCGCCAGUCAGGGGAUUCCCUACCACAGCGAGAUUCCCGUCAGCCUGAAGGAAGCCAUCUGCGAGGUGGCGCUGGACUACAAGAAGAAGAAACACGUCUUCAAGCUCAAGAUUACUGACGGGAAUGAGUAUCUCUUCCAAGCCAAAGAUGACGAGGAGAUGAACAUGUGGAUCUCGGCCAUCUCGACCGCCAUGACGGGCGACAAGACGGAGGUGACUCCCAGCAGCCAUAGCACGCCGGCCCCAGCCGCACGCGCUCAGACGCUGCCGGCCUCCGUCGCCACAGCGGCGGCGGUGGCGGCGGCGGAGUCCAGCCCGGGCAAACGAGAGAAAGACAAGGAGAAGCGCUUCAGUCUGUUCAGCAAGAAGAAAUAGACAGUCCUCCUCUUCCUCCUCCUCCUCAUUCCUCUGGUGCUGUUUGGGGUCGCUCCUCAUCAUCGAUCCAUCUCUGGUCAAAUAUUUGUUGAAGAUGUCCGUGUCAAUUGAGCGAAUAUUUGAUUUAGAGUCCGCUCGUAGCAACUGAUACUGUAAUAAUUAAAACUAAUAGAAUAACUGCUCAACGUGUGAUUAAAUUUACUUCUAAAUGGAUUCAAAUGUACUCAAACCUGUUAGUCUGUUAAUGUGAUAAUAUUAAAUGAUAACUAAGGUGAGUUGAUGAGGAAAAAAGAUACUUCAUCGUCGGUUUAUAUUACCAUGUGACUCAUCGGCAGAUCUGGACAGUUGAUACAGCAGUUGCUAUGUUAAAUCCCAAACAGCCUCUCCUUCUCUUCCUUCUAUUCUUUCCUCCUCUUCCUCCUCUUCCUCUCUCAAAGUGUGACUCCAGCAUGCAAGCUCCGAGCCAAAACUCUCCACUCUGUGCCUAUCAACCGUCCGGUCUGGCUCAGAGCUUCAGUACAGCUACCACACACCAACCUGUGUCCUCCGUUCAGUUUUUGUAAGAUAAGGAGCAGGAAAAAAAAAAAAAAAAAAAAGAUCGGCUUGAAGGAAAACAAAUUUAAAAGGGGUCUGCAAACGCUUCAGGCAGCUGCCGUCACAAAGAUAAAAACCAGAGUUUGCCGCUGAACAACAACACGCUUUAGAGGAGUUCCCAGAAUAUUCCUGUUUAUUAUUAUUAUUAUUAUUAUUAUUAUUAUUAUUUGUGUUUUCUAUCUCCUACUGUUAUUUUUCUCUCUGCUUUCUCAUCCUCCCAGCGUUUCGUCGACUACUGCCUUUUGUGGGUUGUGUUUACGCUCCCAAGUCGUCUCAGUUUCUUUUGUUUUGUUUUUUUUGGGAAGUUGUAGUUGGUUCCUGUUUGGGUCCAUCCUCAGUUUUUGCGAGGCCUUGUCUUUGCAAGAUGACGUGUAUCCCUCUGUAGUGGGGAAAACUGAGACCACAGCGGGGUAAACCUCUGAAAUUACACCUCUCGCACCUUUUUAAUUUGAGCCGAAAUGCCUAAAACUAUGUGCAAGUGGAAAAACGUGCCGAGUCAUGUGCUGAAAGCGGUUUAAACUUUGAAGAGCAGGAAAAUCGAGUUCAAAUUGCAAAACAAGAGCGCACCAAACAGCAUUUUAUGCACUGAAUAACUCCGCUUUUCUGUUGGUUAAAUUUGUGCAAUAAAACCUGUGAGAAGCUUAUUAUCAUCAUUAUGUUCUGGUGCUGUCUAAUUCCUGCAGCUUCACAGAAAGAAAAGAAGCGGAACGUGGCUGUAAUUUGGAGAGUUACCCUGCGGUGCUUUGAACUGUGUGUAUAACUUGUGUAUAACAAACUUAAAAAAAUGAACCUGUUUAAUUUCACCUAUAUUUACUACUAAUAAGACCUACAAACCGUAAUAAGCUUCAUUUGAGUAUAACGUUCUUUACCUGAAACUUAACGAUAUGUACACUUAACCAAUCUGAAUGAAGGAGCUAUUGAGCCUCGAUGGGGGAAUAAAUAACUAAGACAAGUAAGAAUGUUUGUGAACUCAAACUUUUAAGCAUCCAGUAAGGUUUAUUUUCUACCCUGGUUACAUUUAUUUCCUCUUUGUUUGGAGUAUGUUUUUGUUUCCUCCAGUGUGUAUUUUCUGUUCCACAGUUAACUAAGGUUUAUUUAGUCUGACGAGUGAAGACGUAGAUGUACUAUAAAAACAAAGUUGCUUUAAGCAUUGCUGUUAAGUGGACAAGUUGGUUCUAAAAAGCAUUUUCUGGGAGUGAGUAAUGUUGCAGAAUAAUGGUCGCUUGCUUGUUGGCUUCAGCACUCCAUUUUAUUUUUUUUCAGACUUUUGA